AUGAUAUCAGCAGUUUGGCAGUUUUUGGAGAGUUAUGGAUGGAUUGUGGUUCUUGGUACCGCACUCAGCUAUGCCAUCUAUGCCAACGUGUUGCAGCCAAAGAUUGAAGAAAUAAAAGCACACAAAGAUGCUGCAGAAAGAAAAAAGUUUGAUGAUAACGUGCAUUCUAAGGUUGCUUCUGACGUCGAGAAAGCGCGUCUCCGUCAACAAGAAGAGCACGAUCGUGUAUCCUCUGAACUCAGAGAAUUAGAGGAAAAACGUAAAGCUGAGAAACUUGCUGAAUACUUAAGCCAAGAGAAAGGAUUUGGAACUGCCAAACCAAGUUUUGAAAAGAAGAAAAAGGCGACACCAGCAGAGAUCAUCGAGAGCUACGUUGUAUCGAAACCCAUUGUGAUAUUCAGUAAAACUCAUUGUCCAUUCUGCCGGAAAGUGAAGAGCAUCUUAUCCACCUUUAGACUAGACUCUUCUCAGUAUGUAUACGUAGAGCUUGAUGAACGCGAUGACUGUGAAGCUAUCCAACAAGAAUUCAUAAGAUCGUAUGGAAGCAGAUCUGUACCUAAAGUUUUCAUAAAUAAAAGUUUGAUCGGAGGAUGUGAUGACACUGUAGCUCUGAACGAAGCAGGUGCUUUGGCUCCUUUAAUUGAAGAAGCUCUUGCCGAUUUUGCAUAA